CCAACGGCGCAGGCGCAGACUCCUAUUUUUACUUGGGCGCCUCAUGGCGUGGGAAUCGGGAGCUAUGGGUUCGCGGCGGACGCUCUCCAGCUUGCUGCAGGCAGUGUUGGAGAGCCGCGGCCAGGCCAACUCGGUGUUCGACAUCCUGGCCGUGUUGCAGUCCGAGGACCAGGAGGAGACCCAGGAAGCAGUGCGCACCUGCAGCAGACUCUUUGGUACCUUGCUGGAGAGAGGAGACCUAUUCGUUGGCUCGUUGCCCUCUGAGGAUAUGGUGCUAGUAGGGUCCCAGGAAGCCACACACAAGUACAAAGUAUGGAUGAGACAUCGCUACCACAGCUGUUGUAAUUGCUUGGUGGAGCUCCUGACCCACUCCUCCUUCCAGGUCAAGGAGCUGGCCCUCAGGACACUUAUGAAGUUUGUACAGCUGGAAGGAAUGCAGCCCCUGGAAAAGCCCCAGUGGGAAGGCCACUACCUCUUCCCUCGCACACUCUUCAGGGAAGUGGUGGGAGGCCUGCUGUCAAUGGAGAACAACCAUAGCCUGCUCAUCUCCCAGUUCUGUGAGUACCUAGAAUAUGAUGACAUCCGCUACCACACAAUGCAGGUGGCUGCGAGCACCGUGGCCCGGGUCACCAACCGGCAACCUGAGGUGUCCCUCACCUUCUGGAAUAAUGCCUUUACACUGCUGUGUGCCGUGAACCUGCCCUGCCAAGAGUGUGAUCUCACCAACUUCUAUGUGAAGCAUGCUCAGCCAUCAGACAAGUGGAAGGUUAUUCAUCUGAAGGAACACAGAAAAGCUUUCCAGGAGAUGUGGCUCGGUUUCCUCAAGCAUAAGCUGCCACUCAGCCUCUAUAAGAAGGUGCUGGUAACCAUGCAUGAUUCUAUCUUGCCCCACCUGGCUCAGCCCACCCUCAUGAUCGACUUUCUCACUAGUGCCUGUGAUGUUGGUGGUGCUGUCAGCCUCCUGGCCUUGAAUGGGCUUUUCAUCUUGAUCCAUAAGCAUAACCUGGAGUACCCUGACUUCUACCAGAAGCUCUAUGGCCUCCUGGAUACGUCCAUCUUCCAUGUCAAGUACCGAGCCCGUUUCUUCCACCUGGCUGACCUCUUCUUGUCCUCUUCCCACCUCCCUGCCUACCUGGUGGCUUCCUUUGCCAAGCGCUUGGCCCGCCUGGCCCUAACAGCACCUCCUGAGGCUCUGCUCAUGGUUCUGCCCUUCAUCUGCAACUUGCUGCGCAGACACCCUGCCUGUCGUGUAAUGGUGCACCGCCCGCAGGGCCCUGAGUUGGAUGCUGAUCCCUACGACCCAGCAGAAGAGGACCCAGCCAGGAGCCAUGCCCUGGAGAGCUGCCUAUGGGAGCUAAAGACCCUUCAGCAGCACUACCACCCUGAGGUGUCUAGAGCGGCCAGUAUCAUCAACCAGGUGCUAUCUGCCCCUGAGGUCAGCAUUGCACCACUCCUAGAGCUCACUGCAUAUGAGAUCUUUGAGGAGGACCUGAAGAAGAAGGGACCUCAGUCAGUGCCACUGGAGUUCAUCCCAGCUGAGGGCCUGCUGGGCCGACAGGGCGACCUCUGCGCACAGUUCUUUACACUCAGCUGACUCUGGCUGCCGACCCAUCCCUAAGAAUGCUGGUGAUGGAACCCAGGGCCUCAGACAUGCAAGGCAAGGGCCUCAUCCCUGAAACAGUCUUUGCCAGGCAUGGUGGUGCACGCCUUUAAUCCCAGCACUUGGGAGGCAGAGGCAGAGGCAGGCCUGGUCUACCUAGGGAGUUCCAGGCCAACUGGGGCUAUAGGGAGACUUUGUCUCAAAAAAAAGACAAUAAUUUUUUUAAAGCGUUUUUUAAUACAAACGUUCCAUGCAAUAUUUGUGACAUACUAAGUUUGAAAAACUACCGUUAAACGUAAAAUAGCCGAUACAUUCAUUAAUUAGUUUUGGUUCUUUUUGGUGUGUAUAUAAUGUGUGUGCAUGUGAAGGCCAAAGGUCAUUGUCAGAUGACUUUCAAAAUCACUUUCCAUCUUACUUAUUGAGGCAGGGUCUCUCAUUGAACCUACAGUUUGGCCAGCCCUGUCAGCAAGCCCUGGAGAUCCUUUGUCCUCCCCAGUGCUGGGGUUACAGGUAUUUGCCACCAUACCUGGCUUUGUUUAUUU